AUGGAGCCCUUCGUCAUCGCGACCAACAGGCAGCUCAGUGUGACCCACCCGGUGCACAAGCUCCUGCACCCGCACUACCGCGACACCAUGAACAUCAACUCGCGAGCUCGGGGUAUGCUCAUCAACGCCGACGGCGUCAUCGAGAUGACCGUGUUCCCGGGCAAGCAUGCUAUGCCCAUGUCUUCCAUGGUCUACAAGAACUGGAACUUCACCGAGCAAGCUCUACCAGACGAUCUAAUCAAGAGGGGCAUGGCCGUGGAGGACCCAUCGAGCCCGCACAAGGUGCGGCUGCUGAUCGAGGACUACCCAUACGCCGCGGACGGGCUCGCCGUCUGGCACGCGAUCGAGCAGUGGGUGGCAGACUACCUGACCAUCUACUACCCCAACGAUAGCGUGCUGCAGGGCGACGUGGAGCUACAGGCGUGGUGGAAGGAGGUGCGGGAAGUCGGGCACGGCGACCUCAAGGAUGCGGCAUGGUGGCCCAAGAUGCAGACAGUGGCGGAGCUGAUCAAGGCAUGCGCCACCAUCAUCUGGAUUGGGUCGGCGCUCCACGCGGCCGUCAAUUUCGGGCAGUACGCCUACUCGGGCUACCACCCCAACAAGCCGUCCAUGAGCCGCCGACCGAUGCCGGUGCCGGGCAGCGAGGAGUACGCGGAGCUGGCGCGUGACCCGGAGCGGGCGUUCAUCCACACCAUCACCAGCCUGCUCCAGGCCCUGGUGGGCAUCUCGCUCAUGGAGAUGCUCUCCAAGCACUCCUCUGACGAGGUGUACCUGGGCCAGCACGACACGCCGGCGUGGACGUCGGACGCCAAGGCACUGGAGGCGUUCAAGCGGUUCGGGGCCAGACUGGAGGGCAUCGAGAAGCAGGUGGAGGCCAGGAACCAAGAUUCGCGGCUAAAGAACCGCAUCGGGCCGGCCAAAUUCCCGUACAUGCUGCUCUUCCCCAACACCUCCGACCACACGGGCGAGGCCGAGGGGCUCUCGGCCAAGGGCAUCCCCAACAGCAUCUCCAUCUGA